AUGGAGCUGAAAGACAUUGCAGACCUCUAUGGAGAAGAACUUCACAUCAAACAAAUACCGAAAUUCGGCAGGCAAAGUCCGAGAGCACAAGAAAUAGCUAAAAGAUCGAAACUGAAUUCGGCAGAUGGAGCAGUGAUUGACGAGCACGAUCAGUUCUACAGGGAUCACAAACUUUUGUUGGCCCUUUUCAGAAUACUUGGUGUUAUGCCCAUCGAACGUGGCAAAAUAGGCAAGAUCACCUUCGGCUGGUUGAGUGGACCAAUGUUAUACGCUUACGUAUUUUACACAGUGAUGACUGUAGUAGUCUUGAUGGUCGGAUACGAACGUAUGGACAUUCUUCUCAACAAAAGCAGGAAAUUCGACGAGUACAUUUACUCCAUCAUUUUCAUCAUUUUCCUCGUUCCCCAUUUCUGGAUACCCUUCGUUGGGUGGGGGGUAGCUUAUGAAGUAUGCGAUUACAAGAACGGAUGGGGCACGUUUCAAUUGCACUAUUAUAAGCUUGCAGGAAAAAACUUGGCGUUUCCCUACUUGAGCACCCUGAUUGUGAUAAUCAGCCUAGGGUGUCUCAUACUGGCUUUCAUUUAUCUGCUGACGCUCAGCGCUCUGCUGGAAGGGUUCACCCUGUACCACACCACGGCCUACUAUCACAUCAUUACCAUGAUCAACAUGAACUGUGCUCUAUGGUACAUCAAUUGUAGGGCAAUCGGAAAUGCCAGCAAAGCUUUAGCAGAAACGUUUCAGGCAGAUGUUGAUCAUUAUUGUACAGCCUAUAUUAUAGCCCAAUACCGAGUUUUAUGGUUGGAACUUAGCGAGCUGUUACAAAAAAUGGGGAAUGCUUAUGCUCGAACAUACGCACUAUAUUCCUUGUUCAUGAUUACCAUUAUAACGAUUGCAAUCUAUGGAUUUACUUCGGAAAUUGUGGAUCACGGAAUAUCGUUUUCGUUCAAAGAAAUAGGGCUGUUGGUCGCUUCUGUUUACUGUAUGGUGCUGCUUUAUAUUUUUUGCGACUGCUCACACCAAGCUUCCGAAAAUAUUGCGGGAACUGUGCAGACAUCUCUAAUGAGCAUCAAAUUGAAUUCUGUCGAUUUAGAGACUACACGGGAGAUAGAAUUAUUUCUGAAGGCAAUCCAUUUGAACCCUCCUACAGUUUCUUUGCAAGGAUAUUCAGAUGUGAACAGACAGCUUGUCACUUCUAGUAUUUCAACAAUGGCUAUAUACCUCAUUGUAUUGUUGCAGUUCAAAAUAAGUUUGGUUAAUAUCCGUUCCUAA